GCCGCGGCCCGUAGCAAGGCUGGCGAGCACCGUUAGCCCGGCUGGCGCGCGGCGUCGGCCCGGCCGCCGUCAGGCCUCGCCGCUGUCCGGGGACAGACUCCCCGGCGGCUGACAGCCGCGGAGGCGGGACGACGGAGGACCGUCAGCCAGCAGUCGUGUAGCUCGAUCACCCAGGAAGAGAAAUUGUAGCAGAUAAGAAGAACGCGUUCAUUUUGGGACACCAUUUGCAGCUGGAAAUGGGGAAUGGACUGUCAGACCAGACCUCUAUCCUGUCCAGCCUGCCGUCCUUUCAGUCCUUUCACAUUGUUAUUCUGGGUUUGGACUGUGCUGGAAAGACAACAGUUUUAUACAGGCUGCAGUUCAACGAAUUUGUAAAUACCGUACCUACCAAAGGAUUUAACACUGAGAAAAUUAAGGUAACCUUGGGCAAUUCCAAAACCGUCACUUUUCACUUCUGGGAUGUAGGUGGUCAAGAGAAAUUAAGACCACUGUGGAAGUCAUAUACCCGAUGCACAGAUGGCAUCGUGUUUGUGGUGGACUCUGUCGAUGUUGAGAGAAUGGAAGAAGCCAAAACUGAACUUCAUAAAAUAACUAGGAUAUCAGAAAAUCAGGGAGUCCCUGUGCUUAUAGUUGCUAACAAACAAGACCUGAGGAACUCACUCUCUCUCUCAGAGAUUGAGAAGUUGUUAGCAAUGAGUGAACUGAGUUCAUCGACCCCUUGGCAUUUGCAGCCCACCUGUGCAAUCAUAGGAGAUGGGCUAAAGGAAGGACUUGAGAAACUACAUGAUAUGAUAAUUAAAAGGAGAAAAAUGUUGCGGCAACAGAAAAAGAAGAGAUGAAUGGCAGUACCUUUUAUAUCGGUGUGGAAUAGGUUUUCCUUGGUCUGAUUUCUGACAAGCUGAAGAGUGUCUACAGCCUGGUUUGCCUGUCUGCCCUCACGGAUGCUAUUAAAGCUUUGUUUUGUUGAACAGUCAGAUACCCAACUCUGUUGCCUUGUGGAAGAUGAGUAAAUGCAAUGCUUCUUAAAGUGGUCUCUUCUCCCUGACCCACAAAUCUUUUGGUACUACCAUUUUGGGAAGCCAAAAAAGGCUAGUAAUUGACCAGAAAACAAUUUUGUGGAAAUUUGACCUGAAGUUAGUGAAAUAAAACUUUGAAGAGUAUA